AUGACAGCCAUUUUCCUACUACAAAUCUGCUUCGUCUCUACAUGUUCUCGCACUCUCUUGAAUAACCACCAGAAACAUUUGAACACCUACAAGGCUGUCGUCGCCAGAAGAACGAACCACGCUCACUCCUCCACCGCCUGGAGACAAAGGCACACCCGGAGAGCCACUAACGCUUCUCCUUCCCAUUCUUUGCCGAAGCGCCGCCGGGCAUACACCACCGCAAGCUGUCAAUCACUGCGGGAGGCGUCACGCAACCGUUUUGCUCGUGCCGAGAUGCAGAGCACCCACGAGAUUCGCCGUCGUUCUUCAGUGGUCGAGCGCCCGCCGGCGGACACUCCGGCCACGACGACGACGGCAUUUGCACCCCAACCCGCUCUGCCCCCGAGACCUACCCAUUUCAAGCCCUCGGAAUUGCACGUCGAGACUCUUGUCGGAGAGAUGGAAAUCCCUGAGGCCACGACGCCCCCUCCCCCAACCCCUUCGACCCAGGAACGUCUCACGCGUGCUGCGCGUUCGGCUUCUAAUGCGUCGCGAAACACCAACCGCCUGUCGCUGACCCUGCCCAUUGCUCCUCCAACUAGUGACCCUUCCCGCCCAGCUUCGGUCACAACGACGUCCUACCCUCCCACUCCCGCCGAGACAUCGGCUGUCACUUCCCCUUCCGACCCCAAUGGCUUCAUCAUUGCGAUAGCAGCGCAAGAACGACGAGUGUUGGAAAUUCGCGAGGAACUGGCUCGUGCCGAAGCCGAACUUGCCAGACUGAAGCACGAAUGGACCUCCCAAUCAGCUCGGAGGAAGCGGGAUCUGCCACAGCGCCCUCUGGCAUCUCAGUUUGAACCCUCACUGCUGGAUGACGACGAGGCAGCAUGUAGACGCAGUGUUGAGUUGGACAGGAGAAAGGCACUCCUGAGAGAUUUGCAAGGACAGACUGGCCCACGGGAAUACCGGCGAAGAGUCCUCCGUGGCGGGCACACGCGGACUCUAUCUCUUCUGUCACCGACGAAACCGGAAGGCUUCGCGCUGCAUGAUGACACUUCCAGCAUCAAGUCAAUGGAGCUUCGCUCACCGGUCAUGACUCCGACGUACACCGCACUGCCAAAGAGGGCCUCCUGGCAGCCGCGCACUUACAACACUGCUACACCUGGAGUGAAGCAGAUAGCCCAAGACUUCAGAGUAGGUCUCUGGAGCUUCAUGGAGGAUAUCCGACAGGCUACUGUCGGCGACGAGCCCAUUCACGGCGUUCCAGGUCGUCCAGGUUCAACCGAACCUCACGGAAGGAGGGAAAGGUCAUUCGGUGAGCAGGAGACGAUCAAGGCUCCCAAUUCCUCGCGUCCCAGAGUGCCAUUGAACUCAGCCUUCGAUUCGCCAAUUGAUACCCCCAGCAAGCCGGCCAGGCCCCUACAAGAACGACCGAACCCGAAGCCGGCUACAAAAUCUACCACGAAGUCAAAGCACUUCUCAUGGACGCCAUUGACCUUCGACUCCUUCGAUGACAAUGACUGGUCCAACUGGGAAUCGCCUUCGGUUUCGUCGGCUAAAUCUGCUCGUUGGAGCGGAUCGACUGUUGGUGGAACUGAGGGACUUGCGUCAAUGUCCGAGAACAACGAUGAGAAUGUAACUCCACUUAAAAAGAAGUCGUCCUUGGUUCUUGACACCUCGGCCCGCUCUGAGUCCCGCCCUGAGUCGACUCUCCUGUCGCCUACUCAAUUGGGCGAGCUGCUGCCCAGCGUUGUGAACAAACUCUCACCUGGCAAUCUUAAACGCACGGCCAACAAUCUCAUGGACGAAUGGGAGAGAAGCCUCUCCCCGCCGCAGAAGCAGCGAGACGAGGAGCAGCUCAUCGACUUUCAGGAAACGACUGCCUAA